AUGGGCCUCACUAUCCACGGCAAGACGGUCGGCAACAUUGGCCUGGGCAUGAUGAAUCUGACCCUGCGGCCGACUAGAAUCCCCGAUGAGCAAAUCUUCGCCACGAUCAAAGCUGCUCUCGAGACCGGCAGCAACUACCUGAACGCGUCCGAAUUCUACGGAGCUCCGGACCACAACUCGUUGACCGUGCUCAACAAGUACUUUGACAAGUACCCCGAGGACGAAGGCAAGUUCGUCAUCAACGCUAAGGGCUGCCUGCCCAAUUUCGCGCCCGACAACUCGCCCGCGAGCGUCAAGACGAGCAUCGGGAACUCGGUCCGGCUCAUCGGCGGCAAGGGCCGGAUCGACCAGUUCGAGCCGGCCCGCAACGAUGCCGCCGUCGACGUCGAGGUAGCGCUCAAGGCCAUCGGCGAGCACGUCGAGACCGGCGACAUCAAGGGCAUCACGCUGAGCGAGGUCAACGCCGAGACGAUUCGCCGCGCGGCAAAGAUUGCCAAUAUCGAAGCCGUUGAGGUCGAGCUGUCGCUCUGGGAGCUGGCGCCGCUCGAGAACGGCGUGGCCAAGGUCUGCGCCGAGCUCGGCAUCCCGCUUCUCGCAUACUCGCCGCUCGGCCACGGCGUACUGACGGGCAAGGUCAACAAACCCUCUGACAUUCCCGAGGGCGACUUCCGGCGGACGAUCCCGCGGUUCCAGGGCGAGCACUUCAAGGCCAACAUCCGGCUGGUGCGGGAGGUCGAGAAGCUGGCAGCGAAGAAGGGCACCACGCCGGCGCAGAUCGCCAUCAACUGGCUGCUGGCGCUCGCGCGCAGGCCCGGCAUGCCGACCGUCGUGCCCAUCCCCGGCGCGUCGUCGCCCGCGCAGGUCCGCGAGAACACGGUCGAGAUCGACCUGACCGACGCCGACAUGGUCGAGAUCGACCUGAUCCUCGAGGCCCUCCCCGUCGCCGGCGACCCCUACGGCGCCCACCAGAUGGGCUUUCUCUCGCGCUGA